AAUCGAGCUGUGCUGUUCUGUUCUGAACUGAGUCAAGCCAUGGUGAGCUGUUCCGUUCCAUGCCAAGCUGUUCCGAGCUGGGUUAAGCUGUGUCGAGCGAAGUUGAGCCAUUCUGUUCUGAGCUCAGCUGUUCCGUUCCAUUCUGAGCCGAGCUAAGCUGUGUUGAGCCAAACCAACCUGUUCUGUUCUGAGCCGAGCUAAGCUGUAUUGAGCCAAACUGAGCUGUUCUGUUCGUUCUGAGCUGAGCUAAGCUAAGAUGUGUUGAGCGGUUCUGUUCCAUGACAAGCCGUUCUGAGCUGAGCUAAGCUGUGUUGAGCUAAACCGAGCCGUUCUGUUCCGUGCUAAGCUGCGUUGAGCCAAGCUGAGCCGUGCUGAGCUGAACUGAGCCGUGCCAUUCCAUGCCAAGCCCAGUGGAGCGGAGCAUCCCUGAGUUGUUCUGUUCCAUUCCCUCUGUGUGGGGAGGUGCCAUUCCGUUCUGAGCUGUGUCGAGCCAAACCGAGCCGUUCUGUUCCAUUCUGAGAUGAGCUAAGCCGUGCCAAGCUGUCUUGCUGUGCUGUUCCGAGCGGAGCUAAACUGUGUCGAGCCAAACCGAGCCGUUCUGAGCCGUGCCAAGCUCCCGUUUGGAGCGGAGCCUCCCUGAUCCGCUCUGCUCCAGCCGCUCCCGGCGGGAGGCGCCGCUCCAGCCGCUCCGUUCCGUCCGCACCGCGCGGGGAGGCGCCGUUCCGUUCCAUCCCGAGCCGCCCGUGCCGGGGAGGCGCCGUUCGGAGCUGCUGCGGGAGGCGCGGGGCAGGAUGGCCGCGGCCGCGCUGUGCGCGCUGCUCGCCGGGUGCUGCGCGGCGGUGGCGGCGGGCGGCGGCCCCGCCGAGGCGGAGGCGGCGGCCAAGGAGCUGGAGUGCAAGCUGAAGAGCAUCACGGUGUCGGCGCUGCCCUUCCUGCGCGAGAACGACCUCAGCAUCAUGCACGGCCCCUCGGCCGCGGAGCCCAAGCUGCUCUUCUCCGUGCGCAACGACUUCCCCGGGGAGAUGGUGGUGGUGGACGACCUGGAGAACACGGAGCUGCCGUACUUCGUGCUGGAGAUCUCGGGCAACACAGAUGACAUCCCGCUGGUGCGCUGGCGGCAGCAGUGGCUGGAGAAUGGCACGUUGCUCUUCCACAUCCACCACCAAGAUGGAGCCCCCAACCUGCCUGGCUUCGACCCCACGGAUGAGCCACAGACUGAGUCGGCAGAGGAGGAGUUGAGGAUCCUCCACAUCUCUGUCAUGGGAGGAAUGAUCGCCCUGCUGCUCUCCAUCCUCUGCCUGGUAAUGAUCCUCUACACCCGCCGGCGGUGGUGCAAGCGGCGCCGUGUGCCGCAGCCCCAGAAGAGCGCCAGCGCCGAGGCGGCCAACGAGAUCCACUACAUCCCCUCGGUGCUGAUCGGGGGCCACGGGCGGGAGAGCCUGCGCAACGCCCGCGUGCAGGGCCACAACUCCAGCGGGACGCUCAGCAUCCGUGAGACCCCCAUCCUGGACGGCUACGAGUACGACAUCACUGACCUGCGGCACCACCUCCAGCGCGAGUGCAUGAACGGUGGAGAGGACUUUGCUAGCCAGGUCACCCGCACCCUGGACUCGCUGCAGGGAUGCAAUGAGAAGUCCAGCCUGGACCUCACGCCAGGGAGUGAUAAUGCCAAGCUGUCCCUGAUGAACAAGUACAAGGACAACAUCAUCGCCACUAGCCCCGUUGACUCGAACCACCAGCAGGCCACGCUGCUGUCCCACACUUCCAGCAGCCAGCGCAAGCGCAUCAACAACAAAGCACGAGCCGGAUCAGCAUUUCUCAACCCUGAGGGGGACUCGGGGACGGAGGCAGACACUGAUCCCCAGCUGACCUUCUACACAGACCCCUCACGGAGCCGGAGGCGCAGCCGAGUGGGCUCCCCCCGGAGCCCUGUGAACAAGACCACUCUGACCCUCAUCAGUGUGACGAGCUGUGUCAUCAGCCUGGUGUGCUCCUCCCACAUGAACUGCCCUCUUGUUGUCAAGAUCACUCUCCAUGUCCCUGAGCACCUCAUUGCCGAUGGGAGCCGGUUCAUCCUGCUGGAGGGGAGCCAGCUGGACGCCAGCGACUGGCUGAACCCGGCGCAGGUCGUCCUCUUCUCCCAGCAAAAUUCCAGCGGGCCCUGGGCCCUGGACCUCUGCGCUCGGCGCCUCCUCGACCCCUGCGAGCACCAGUGUGACCCCGAGACUGGUGAGUGUCUCUGCUACGAAGGUUACAUGAAGGACCCUGUGCACAAGCACCUCUGCAUCCGGAACGAGUGGGGAACGAACCAGGGGCCUUGGCCGUACACCAUCUUCCAGCGCGGCUUUGACUUGGUGCUGGGCGAGCAGCCAUCUGACAAGAUUUUUCGGUUCACCUACACCCUGGGAGAAGGCAUGUGGCUGCCACUGAGCAAGAGCUUCGUCAUCCCCCCGGCCGAGCUGGCCAUCAACCCCUCGGCCAAGUGCAAGACCGACAUGACAGUGAUGGAGGAUGCGGUGGAGGUCAGGGAAGAGCUGAUGACCUCCUCCUCCUUCGACAGCCUAGAGGUCCUCCUUGACUCCUUCGGCCCCGUUCGUGACUGCUCCCGGGACAACGGGGGCUGCAGCAAGAACUUCCGCUGCAUCUCAGACCGCAAGUUGGACUCAACAGGCUGCGUGUGUCCAACAGGACUGAGCCCCAUGAAGGAUGGCACGGGCUGCUAUGACCGUCACGUUGGUGUGGACUGCUCGGAUGGGUUCAACGGGGGCUGCGAGCAGCUGUGCCUGCAGCAGAUGGUCCCUCUGCCUGAGGACCCCCUGCUCUACAACAUCCUCAUGUUCUGCGGGUGCAUUGAGGACUACAAGCUGGGCACAGAUGGGCGGUCAUGCCAACUCAUCUCGGAGUCGUGCCCCGAGGCAGGGGCCUGUGGUGAGCCCCGUGAGCUGCCCAUGAACCAGACACUGUUUGGGGAGAUCUUCUAUGGCUACAACAACCACUCCAAGGAGGUGGCCACGGGUCAAGUGCUCAAAGGGACAUUCAGGCAGAACAACUUUGCCCGAGGCCUGGAGCAGCAGCUGCCGGAUGGGCUGGUGGUGGCCACAGUGCCCCUGGAGAACCAGUGCCAAGAGGAGCUCUCUGAACCCACACCUGACCCCGAGUUCCUCACUGGGAUGGUGAACUUCAGCGAGGUGUCCGGGUACCCCCUCUUGCAGCACUGGAAGGUACAGUCCGUCAUGUACCACGUCCGACUCAACCAGCUGACCAUCUCCCAGUCCUUCAGCAAUGCUCUUCACUCUCUGGAUGGGGCCACCUCCCGUGGAGAUUUUGUAGCACUGCUGGACCAGUUUGGCAACCACUACAUCCAGGAAGCAGUGUAUGGCUUUGAGCAGUCCUGCUCCAUCUGGUAUCCCAACAGACAGGUCCAGCGGCAGCUCUGGCUGGAGUAUGAGGACAUCAGCAAAGGCAAUUCCCCCUCGGAUGAGUCAGAGGAACGAGAGCGGGACCCCAAGGUUCUCACCUUCCCCGAGUACAUCGCCAGCCUCUCCGAGUCCGGCACCAAGCGCAUGGCAGCCGGCGUGCGGAUGGAGUGCCAGACCCGCGGGCGCUGCCCCUCCUCCUGCCCACUCUGCCACGUCACCUCUGGUCCAGAUGCACCAUCUGAGCCCAUCCUGCUGGAGGUCACCAAAGCGGCCCCCAUCUAUGAGCUGGUCACCAACAACCAGACGCAGCGGCUCUUGCAGGAGGCCACCAUGAGCUCGCUGUGGUGCUCGGGCAGCGGGGACGUCAUUGAGGACUGGUGUCGCUGUGACUCUAGUGCCUUUGGUGCCGAUGGGCUGCCCACCUGCGCACCUCUUCCACACCCCAUCCUGCGGCUCUCCACUGUUCAUGAGCCCAGCAGCACGCUGGUGGUGCUGGAGUGGGAACACUCAGAGCCCCCCAUCGGGGUGCAGAUUGUCGACUACCUCCUCCGUCAAGAGAAAGUCACUGAUCGGAUGGACCACUCCAAGGUGGAGACCGAGACGGUGCUGAGCUUUGUGGAUGACAUCAUCUCAGGUGCCAAGUCGCCCUGUGCCAUGCCGGCCCAAGUGCCUGACAGACUCUCCUCCACCAUCUCCCUCAUCAUUCGCUGCCUGGAGCCUGACACCACCUACAUGUUCACGCUCUGGGGGGUCGAUAACACAGGAAGACGCUCAAGAUCCAGUGAUGUUACGGUGAAGACCCCCUGCCCCGUGGUAGAUGAUGUGAAAGCUCAAGAAAUAGCAGACAAGAUCUACAACCUCUUCAACGGCUACACCAGCGGCAAGGAGCAGCAAACGGCCUACAACACUCUGCUGGACCUGGGCUCCCCUAGCCUGCACCGAGUCCUUUACCACUACAACCAGCACUACGAGAGCUUUGGGGAGUUCACUUGGCGCUGUGAAGAUGAGCUGGGACCCAGACUUUUGACAGAGGACGAGCAGCGACAAGAACGUUAACAUCCUACAAAUGACUUGAAAAUCGGUGCCUGAGCAGAGUUAAGUGCUGUGGCUGCCACCGGCUCAUUGCACAAUAACCCAUGGCUGUGGAACGAGACACGAGGAGGAGGAGGAGGAGAGGGGCCGUGUGGCAGCGGGGCGCUCAGGCUCUGCUCUGCGGGAAGAUCUCAUCGCACCUUCACCAGAGUCAAAUCUCCUCAGAGGUCAGCUGGCUUGCGAGGGAUGGGGUUUGGAGAAAACCGUCCCAAAAAGGGUGAAGUGGGCUGUAAGGAAUGAAUAAUCAGCACAAUUUAUGAAGGAUUUGGUAAUGUGGGUGUGAAUUGGAAGGGCUGCUGUUGGCCAAGGUUCCCUGCUCAUCCUCAGAAAGCAGGUACCAGCUGGGACUGUGUGAACAGUGUGGCGCUGCUGCUGGAGCCCACACGCCGCGCACAGUGUCCCCGCGGUCCUGGUGGCUGACCGGGUUCUUAAUGACUGACUGUGUGGUCUCCUCAAGGUUUUCAAAUCCAGUUUAUGCUGUUGAAAGAGCCAUUACCCUGUUCAACCCGUGUGCUCCUCAUGUCGGGGGUGCAGGGACUCUUGCCUUGAGGCUGUUUGGCAGAAAGGAGGGGACAGGAUGGGAAAAGAGCUCAUUUCUUGGGUACUGCCACAGUCAGCUGCCCUUUUUUAUUUAAACACAAAACCUGCAACUGUGGACCUGGUUGCUUGGGGCUGUGGAGUGUCUUAGUGCACGGUCCUUCAUAGGAGCAAAUCUAGAUCCAGUGCAUGAUUUGGGGAGCUUUGCUCUGGGGAGGACAUCUGAUGUCAUCAGGAGAUGCUAUUCCUUCUUCAGAAAGCGAUGAGAGAUUCCAUGCAAAGCCCAGAAGUGACGGAGAGGCUGGUGGCCAUCAGAAAUGGCUGUGAGAAGAGGGAGUGGGGUUUAAAGAUAUGACAAGGGAAAUCAAAGAUAACAAGGAGGGUGACUUGGGAUGAGUUGACUGUCCCCAGCGGGAAUACGCUCCCUCUGGCUUUUGGGCGUCUCCAUGCUCACCCGGGACGUGGUGCAAGGGCCAGCGCUGGCGCAGCCCUGCCCGCAGCCCCCCCUGCUUGGCACCCCCAGCCGCUCUGGGCGCCCACAGCCAGAGGGAGCAGGGGCUUGCUGGGACCUUUCUUGCUUCCAGCAGCAACACAAACCCAAAGCCCCUCAGCUUGUUUCAAUCAGGGCUGAGUCCAUGUGGCUCCGGUUGCGGGUGACGCGCAGGGCACCCCAGCUGCGGAGAGGGGGCUGUGCGAUGUGCCAGGCGGCCCCAGGGGCACUCGUGUCCCCAGGUGCUCCCUGCUUGCCUGCCUGCCAUGGCAGCACUGAGCACCCCAUCUGAGGGGCUUUUCCUUCCGUUUUCUCAGCCCAUUGCUCCUCUCUGGGGCCUUUGACGUGCGGGAUUUCAUUGCUUCCCAUAGCCUUGGUGUCGCCCCGUGGGGUCCAGCAGCCCCCGACCCACUGCAGGCGUUUGUGUUUUUCAGUCCCUUCCAAUCUCGUUGCUUGCUCAGCCGUGACUCACCUUCUCCACCGCUUGCAAGCAAGGCAUGUGGCGGAGGAAAGAGAAAUAGCUUCUUGUACAGCUUUGGCCUUUCCAAACCUCGCUGCUGAGCUGUGAAACAGCAAAGGGGCUCCUCGAGGGACCAUCGUGCACCUGCCUGAGGGGGAAGGAGGCUUGAAAUGGCCCCAGAAUUGGCCCAUCAGAAAUGCAGCCUGGAUUUUGUCAGCUACUGUUUGCGUUUGCUUGUUCUGCUCCUGGAAACCAACUUGGCUUUUUUCUGGGGCCAUUUUAUUUGCUCAGUUGGAACUGUCUUGGAAAAGGGGAAUAAAAAUGUACCCAUAAAGUAUACACCCAAAAAAAAAACAAAACAAAAGCCCAACGAACUCUUUCCCAAAGCCUUUAAAGAUGGUUUAUUCCCAAUAAACCAUCCUGAGGGCCUGGAGACAAUGACCACAGGGCAGGCAGGUUCUGUCAUGGAUGUGACCACAAGCUGUGGCCACUGUGGACCCUUGUGGCUCAGUGACUCCAUAUCUGACAAGCUGGGAAGCAUUGGGAAUUGGGAAUCGCAGCAGGGAGAGCCUCCCGAGGAGGUGCUGACCCUCAGCCUCGCGCUGUCCCUCCUGGUGCUGCCAGCGUGACAGCCUUCCAGGCUGGGUGUGGAGUGGAUACUUCAAACCUGACCAGAUGCUCCAGGUGCCCCUGCUCCGGAGGAGAUUCCCAGGUAUGUCUGCGUGUGUGUGUGUCUUAAAUAAAAAUAAUCUCCAAAUCUUUAAGCAACCUUUUAAACUGCCUUUGGCUUCGGCUCUCUUGCCAGGGUGCCACAUGCCAGGCCCUUGGGGCUCUAGUGUGAGGCACCUUCUGCUCCCCAACCCCACAUUUUCCAUGCCUUUAAGGUGGGUUAAGUACAAAAAGUGAUCGGCAAUAGCUCAGUUUGUGGCAUAAGCAGCAGAAGACCAUCUACAGAAGGCAGCUGCCUAGGUGGCAGCCUUGGACAGGAAGGACAUUAGAGGGGUGUGUAUGCGUGUCCCCAACCCAACACCCAAAGAAGCUCUCCCACGGGCUUGGAGGGUGCUGGGAGAGUCUGUAGUGUGGGGCAGAGCAGGGCACGUGGGCUCGAGGGUGCUGGGAGCAGCCAAACCACCUCCCUCCCCCAGCCAGGCCCUGCCUUGGGGUGAAGCAAGGAGGCAAAAGAGGUGGAGGAUGAGAAGAUUAUUUAUUUUUCAUAGAUUUUUAUAAAAAAUAAUUAUCAAAUACAAAAAAAUAAAAAUAGCAGCAGCCUCCGUUGUGAAUAAAACCCUAAAGGGGACAAAAACCGCUCAGUGUCGCUAUAGAAGAACAAUAUUUUGGUACGUAGAAGCUAUCUGUUCAUGAGAAGCACAAAGUUCUGUCAGCCAAGCCAGCACCUCCAGCUCCCCCCAGUUCCCCUGUACGUGGGAUGUGACCCCUUCUCUGCACCCAAAAGAGUAAAAAUUUGGCAUCUAAACACAGAGGCAUCCAGGUAGCGCUGACACCGGGCAGGGAAGAUUGGCAUUGCGAGAUGCUGGGACCUGAAGUUCUCUCAUCUCCCUCUGAGUGUCACCACCAUCCUAUCUCCGCGCUGGCUGGGCACUGGUGGGGGCCUCCAUUCCUCCCCUUAAUUUCCUCUUCCCUGCACUGGUGGAGCAGGUUGGGCUGCCCGAGUUGCACCUCUUAGGGAGCAUCGGGGCCAGAAGAGCCUCAAAGGGCUUUUUUAAAAGAACGUUCCCUUGUUUGGGGUUUUUUUUUUGAUUGGAAAAUGGAUCGCUGUCAAAAACUCGCAGUGCUCUGCCAAACUGACAGUGCGUUUGGAUGAAAACCUCAGGUGGUGUCACCUGCGCUUAAUGGGAAUCGGAAUGUCAGUGUGGUUCUGCUGCAAGAUAAUGGUCCCUUGUCUGCAUCCCUUCCCAGGCCCAGGGCAGGCGGGACAUGACCCACCUCGGGGCGACAGGAACACUUGGGAUCUAGAAAGAACUUGGAGAAGAACGACACUGAUGGGAUGUCCAAGUGCCCCUGCGCCUGUUCUCCAGCCAAACGUAAGUUGAGGAGACUAAAAGGGUUGUGGGGGAGUUAGCGAAAGCCAAAGGAUGCCUUGAAACUCCCCAGUCUCUCCACACUGUGUCACCCUCUCUCCAUCGCUCCUACCCUGCACAAACCCUGGCUGGAGCCUGGCUGCAUCCUCCAGGAUGGCUUCCUUGGACCCACCCUGGGGCUGCACCGGGGUGUCCUUGCUCCUGCUCUGUGGUCCGUUCUCUCCUCUCCUCUUUCUGUCCCUUUUCUCUGCCUCCUUACAGCACAAAACCAGUAGAAAGCUGGAGCCAGGCACCUUCCCGCCCCACUGCCUCUGCGGGGCUGGGGCCAGGCUGCUGAGUUCAGCUUCUGGGAAUUAACUAUGGGGGAAAAGUUUCUAGCUGGGCUUCUUUAGGGCUACAAGUGAGUCUGAAGAGUUUCAGUGCCCACAGAAGCAAGAGACUCGUGAUAGUCAGCGACUGUCCACUGUGAUGGGCUCAGCCACGGAGAUGGUUAAUAAGGAAAACCUUAGUGGGAGGAGAUGGUGCUUACAGCCUCCCGACGGGACAUUCGGGUCCUGUCUCUCCUUGCAUUACGGGGUCUGGUCUCCUCCAAGAAUUGCUGACAACACUGUUGAAGCUCAUAUUUGGAAAGGAGACGUGGGGAAAGAAAAGAAGGACUACCUCAUCAUCCUUCAUUUAGAGCAUCACGGCUACUCUGGGCUGCCCUCGUCUUGUUGGGUGCGCAGUGGGGUGAGGCAGGGAGGGACUGUUGUGCAUCUUUGCUCCUCCUGACCACGCAGCAAUCCCCACGGACACGUAACCCUUCCCAGAGGGCUCUGAAAUCACGGGUCGUGGGUGGCUGUGGUGCCCUUCGGAGCAACAGCGCUCUCCAAAUCUGCUGUGCUUGCCAGAGUAAUGCAAGGGCACAAAAGCGUUUCUUCUUGACCUCACAAUCCUCACCCAGGACCCUAAACAGAGCACACUGGCAAAUCCCAAGGGCAAAACAUGGUGCCUGCAAGGUGCUGAGAGCACCGUGGGGUCACAGCCUCCACACUGCCUGCCCGGGAGCUGUCUCCUGGCAUGGCCUUGGUGUUUGGCUUCUC